AUGCUGCCAUGGCUCCGCGCUGACAAGCCGCAAGUGGAGAAGCAGAACAAUUCCAAGAAUGUUUGCAUGAAGCUACCGAGGUACCACAACAUCACCCAGGAAGUCAUGACGAAGAACGAGUCAAGAGCUUACACGAUAGUUCGCCUCAAGCUGAUGGCUCAUGAUAUGAUUGAAGAAAAGAUCAAAGCAGAAGCUGAGAUCGAUGAGUACGAGGAAGGCAAACUGGACCGUGACUGGUACAUGGCCGAAGAAGGUGGGGCUGCUCAGGGCAUGGACGCGAUGGACCCAGUGCAGGAGGCCGAGAAGGAAGAGAAAAAGAAGCGCCAAUUGGCUUCGGUCGCUCGGGUGAAUAUCCGGCAGCAGCAAAAAAACGAAGCCAACGAGCUUUGGGAGCUUAACAGGCUCGGGGCCAUGGGCUUGGCAGAGCGGAAGGAGGUAAACUUGGACUUCUCCAAAGAGGACGAAGAGAAGCGUGUUGCCGUGGUUGUCCGGGAUACGACGCCACCGUUCCUGGACGGCCGCAAGGUCUUCACCACACAGACAGAGGCAGUGAGUGCCGUCAAAGAUAUCACGUCCGACAUGGCUGUCUUCUGCAAGCAGGGCUCGAAGGUGGUCAGACAAGUGCGUGAGGAGCAAGACCAGAGCAAGUUCCGGCAACGUUUCUGGGAACUUGCAGGCUCCAACAUGGGCAACGUGAUGGGCGUCAAGAAGAAGACGGACACGGAUAAGCAGGAGGACGACGUUUCAGACGAUGAGUUUGACCACAAGGCCAGCAACCAGUACGGCCAAGCCUUGAAGAACCAAAAGACAGAGGCCCAGUCGGAAUUUGCGAAGACGCGGUCGAUCCAGGAGCAGAGACGAAGCCUUCCUGUCUUCAAGGUGCGGGAAGAGCUCAUCGACCUGCUGCGUGAGCACAACGUCAUGAUUUGCGUCGGCGAGACUGGAUCGGGAAAGACGACACAGCUCACUCAGUACCUGCACGAAGCUGGCUACUCGGUGAACGGCCAAAUCGGAUGCACACAGCCUCGCCGUGUUGCAGCUGUGUCCGUGGCGAAGCGCGUCGCGGACGAGAUGGGCUGUGAACUGGGCUCAAAGGUGGGCUACUCCAUUCGAUUCGAGGACUGCACCAGCGAGUCGACCAUCAUCAAGUACAUGACCGAUGGCGUGCUUCUGCGAGAAACCUUGUUUGAGCCGGACUUGGACAGAUAUUGU